CUAAGUUUUCAUCCUGCAUCAUCACUUUUAAAGCUGCUGCAGGGAGCAGUCAGCUCAGGCAUCCUGCGAGCCGAAACACAAGAAACUUUGUCUUCGAAUACUUUUAAAAGAAGCUCUCGCGCGGACUGUACGCUUCACGAAACCUGUUUCACUCGAGCUCCGAGCAGAACAGUCUACGAUUAUGUCACGUUGGUGCUUCGAGUGUCACGUUUAGACUGAAGUGAUUUUUGGAGAGCUGGAGCUUUUCCGUAAGUUGGGGAGGGGGAAAAAAUAAAAAGUUUUCUGAACUAGUCUUUCAAGACCAGGAAGAUUUGUGAGACAUGAACCCGUUUGCCAUCUGUGCGCUUCUGCUGCUAAAAGUUGCGCUUGGAGAUGCGUGUGCCAGUGGCCGCUUCACUGAAUCAGGCCAGUGUUGCAGUGUGUGUCUUGCUGGUUUUGGAGUGGAGGAGGAGUGUGGGAAACAGGAUACAAAAUGCACGCGGUGCCCAAAGGGAACAUUUUCCCCAUCUGAAGGCCUCUCCCCAUGCCUUCCCUGUGCCCGCUGCCCACAUAGCAUCCCUGAGCUGGAAUCCUGCUCUGCCACUAAAGACACACACUGCGACUGUGGAAAUGGCUUCUACCUUUUGCGCACGCACAGCCUGUGCACGCCUUGCUCCCUAUGUGGCCGUGGUGAAGGUGUUAUCCGGCUGUGCGGCCGACAUGGAGAUACUCAGUGCCAAGAGUGCGGGCCAGGAAACUUCUCAGAGGAGCAAAGUGCCACAAAACCAUGCCAGGUCUGCUUGCAGUGCUCAGAAAGUGAAGUGGAGAUCCGAGGCUGCCAGCCCAUGUUUGACACGCUCUGCAUGGAUAAGAAGCUGCACAUCCUUUCUCGGCCCUCUGGUUCAGACGGGCCACAUGAAGCUCCUCACAGGCCAGGUGUAGACGUGGAAGAGGUCAGCCCUGCUCCUGGGACGCCCAAGUUCCCACCACAGGACGAGGGUGGCAGCAGCAACAUUCCAGCAUACGUGUCCGUUCUGGCCGCCGUGGUGCUGGGUCUGCUUCUCUAUGUCGCCUAUAAAUGUUGGAACUCAUGUAAACAGAAGAAGGCUCUGUCCAAGGCCCGGGCGGCGGAGUUGGCAGCAUCUCCAGAGGGCGAAAAACUCCAAAGUGACAGUGGUGUUUUUCUGGACUCUCACAGUCUGCAGGAUGGUCAACCCAGCAAAGGUGCUAAAAGGGACAGCAAGCUGGACAACCGUCUUUACAUCAACCUGGCCCCUCACAGACAGGAGGAGGUGGAGAACCUCCUCCAGGAGGGAGGAGGCCGUGGCUGGAAAGCACUGGGUGCGGCGCUGGGCUACGAGUCCGAACAGCUGGACCUGUUUGGGCGUGGAGAGGCCCCUUCACACACUCUCCUCUCUCACUGGGCCCAGAAAGAAGGCGCCACUCUGGGACUGCUGAGUUCUGCACUGAGUCGCAUUGACAGGUCCGAUGUGGUAACGGCUCUCACAUGCUCUGCGCAAGGGGUGUCUGUGGUCUGAGAGCUGUGUUUGGAAGACACAUAUGGACUAAAGAAACUAAGAAAUGACCUGGGAGCUACUUUGAUAGCAGCAGACUUUUGCUGCCAAGGCAUCAAACUGUCGCAGUGGCCUCAACUUAAUUCAGACUUGCCGCUGAGUGAAAACCGAUGUAUUCCUCUCUGUGUAUGUCAGUGUUUGUUUUUUUUUAUAUGGUUUGUAUGAAGGUGUCCUACAUCUGCAUUGUGCCAGUUUCACUGCUAAUAAUGACCUGUUUACACCGUCCAUGUGACGCCUCUGAAUUAUGGGCAGUGGUCAUCAUAGAAACCUGGACAAAGCUGCAGAUUUCUCCACCUGUGAGCCUCUUGUACAAAGUGUGCGUACGCACAAAAAUAUCGCACCUAAUUUUUCAACUUCCGUGUGUGUGUGCGUGCGUGCCACUGCACUGAGCUCACAGCAGCCUCACACACACGCUCCCACUAACAUCUUCCCCAUUUCAUACUUACUACGUUUGCAGGGGUACCAAAUAAAAUAUCCCUGCCUGUCUCCACAUCAUGUCCAUCUGUAGCUCACACUUACUGUAAUUUUUUUGUGUUCAUGUUGAUUGAUCUGACGGAGUGGGCCCUAUUUUCAUGAAUUUGCAUAUUUAAUAGGGGCGUGAAAAAGGAAGAGCUUGGUGCACAUGCGUGUGUGCUCACUUCCACGUUGAUUGGGAUGUACAAAUGGAACGUGCUUGGGUCCAUGCGUACGCACAUGCGUACAUCUGGGUAUUUUUGGGCUUACACCAGUUUCUGGGUUUUGGUGUACGCCAUGUUUCAGUAGGAAAUCCAUGCAAGUCUUUGUACACGAGGCCCCAGAUCUCCAAAUAUGGCAAACACUGCAUUUACAAUAGUGUUUAGAAUGUAUGUUUGUUGUAUUACAAUAGAUUACCUGUCGGUAUGAAAACUGUAAGGGCUGACAAUUUGACCAAAACGACCUUGACCUUCUUCACUCAGAUGACCUCUGGCAUACCCUGCCAGGGCAAUUCUGGAAUCCACCUACGUGUGUCCCACAUUUGGUCCAAAUCAGGGUGAAAAUCAAACUUUCUGACCUGUGCCAAAAUGAAUUCUUUUAAGAUGGUUCCUGGGGUACAGACGGAAUCUUGAUCCCAAUGAUUGACCUUUGGCAAGUUUGACCUUGCUAGAGAAUUCAGGAAAAAUCCCUAGGUGUGCCAUGUUUACUGUGAGUCUGAGUGGAAAAAAAAACCUGUUUUGAUCCCAGUGAUUGGCCUCUGGUGAAUUUGAUGUGGUCUGUGCAAAUCCACAA